UAUAGUCAUUCACAUAACUUGUUCUUCAAAUUAAUUACUCAUUUUCUUAAUUCCUACCAUACAUGGAAGCAUUGUUUGGUGGUGCUUUUCUUUCUGCUUUCCUUCAGGUUGCAUUUGACAGACUUGCUUCUCGUCAAGUUUUGGAUUUCUUUCGUAAAAAAAAACUUGAUGAGAACCUAUUGAAGAAGUUGAAGAGAAAGCUGCGAUCCAUCGAUGCUCUUGCUGAUGAUGCAGAACUACAACAGUUCAGAGAUCAACGUGUGAGAGCAUGGCUUCUUGAUGUCAAAGAUGCUGUGUUUGAAGCUGAGGAUUUGCUGGAUGAAAUUUAUGAACUCUCCAAAUGCCAAGUGGAAGCUGAAUCUCAGGCUCAAAGCAUUGAUAGCCAGGUGUGGAAUUUCAAUUUCUCUAUAUCUUCUGUCAGUUUGCUCAACAAUGAAAAUGAAAUUGAAACCAGGAUGACACAAAUCCUUGAUGACUUAGAUGAACUUGCUAACCAAGGCACUCAUCUAGGUUUGAAACCAAAACUAGGCUCCAAAGAGCCUAGUUGUGUGUCACAAAAACUGCCAUCAACAUCUUUCAUCAUUGAAAGUGUUAUUUAUGGUAGAGAUGAUGACAAAAAAAUCAUCUGUAGUUGGCUCACAUCUGACACAGACAAUCAUAACAAGCUAUCAAUACUUUCUAUUGUGGGCAUGGGCGGGGUGGGUAAGACCACACUUGCCCAACAUGCAUACAAUAACCCAAUCAUAGAGGGUAAAUUUGAUAUCAAAGCUUGGGUCUGUGUCUCAGAUGAUUUUGAUGUUUUUAAGGUAACAAGAACAAUUCUAGAGGCAAUCACUAAAGCAACUGAUGAUAGUAGAGACCUACAAAUGGUUCAUGAAAGAUUGAAAGAAAAAUUGUCUGGAAAGAAAUUUCUCCUUGUUUUAGAUGACGUUUGGAAUGAAAAGAAAGAUAAAUGGGAAGCUGUGCAUACUCCUCUAAUUGAUUGUGGGGCUCAUGGAAGUAGGAUCCUUGUUACAACACGUAGCAAGAAAGUUGCUUCUAUCAUAAGGUCAAAAGAACACCACUUGACACAAUUACAAGAAGAUUAUUGUUGGCAGCUGUUCGAGAAACAUGCAUUCCAAAAUGCUAAUCCUCCCCCAAGUCCAGACUUCAAGGAGAUUGGCAUGAAGAUAGUUGGAAAAUGUAAAGGACUUCCUCUUGCCUUAAAAACAAUGGGAAGUUUAUUACACAACAAGCCUAUUUUGGAAUGGAAAAACGUAAUGCAAAGCGAGAUAUGGGAAUUGGAGGAUAUUGAUAUUGUGCCUGCUUUAGCACUGAGUUAUCACCACCUUCCUUCCCAUCUCAAAAGAUGUUUUGCUUACUGUUCUUUAUUUCCAAAAGAUUAUUUGUUUAACAAGGAGUUUUUAAUUCAGGUUUGGAUGACUCAAAAAUUUCUAGAAUGUUCUCAACAAAGUAAAAGUCCAGAAGAAAUUGGUGAACAAUAUUUCAAUGAUCUAUUAUCUAGGUCAUUCUUUCAACAAUCAAGUGGAGAAGAAAAGUGUUUUGUCAUGCAUGACCUUCUAAAUGAUUUGGCAACAUAUGUUUCCAAGGACAUUUGUUUCAGGUUAGAAGUUGAUCAUGGAAAAAGUAUACCAAAAAUAACUCGUCAUUUGUCAUUUCCUGUCGAUAAAGGUCAAUGUUUUGAUGGGUAUGAAACUUUACAUGAUAUUGAAAGGUUACGUACAUUUAUGCCAACAACUAAGCUCAGAGGUAUUCAUUAUAAUCGUUGGCAUUGCAAGAUGUCGUUACAUGAGCUGUUCUCCAAGUUGAAGUUCUUACGUUUCUUAUCUUUGUCUCAUUAUGUCCUAUCAGAGGUGCCAGACUCUGUUGGCAAUCUUAUGCAUCUCUGUUCCUUAGACCUUUCCAAUACUGGCAUAGUAAAGCUACCCGAAUCAACAUGCUCACUCUCCAACUUGCAAAUAUUAAAGUUGAACAAUUGUAAAUAUUUGAAGAAGCUUCCCUCAAGUUUUCAUAAACUCAUCAAGUUGCGUCGGCUUGAAUUGAUUUAUACUCACUUGAGAGAAGUGCCAACACGUUUGGGACAAUUGAAAAACCUUCAAAUAUUAAUGAGUUCAUUUUGUGUUGGAGAAAGUAAAGGGUUCACUAUUCAACAACUAGGAGAACUCAAUCUCCAUGGAAGACUGCAAAUUCAGAAUCUACGAGAUAUUCAGAACCCGUCAGAGGUAUUAGCACUGGAUUUGACAAAUAAAACACAGCUUGUUGGAAUAGAUUUUGUAUGGAUCCAAACCUGGAGAAGCAGUUAUCCAAGGAAAGAGGAUGCGAUUAUAAUUGAUAACCUAAAACCGCCAAAACACUUGGAGCAAUUGUUAAUUAAGGGGUAUGGAGGUACACAAUUUCCAAGUUGGUUAUUCGAUAAUUCAUUAUCGAACGUAGUCUCCUUAAGUUUGCACGGUUGUAACUUCUGCCAACGUUUGCCUCCCCUUGGACGUUUGUCAUUUCUCAAGUUCUUGCAAAUUUUUGGGCUUGAUAAGAUAGUGAGUAUUGAUGUUGAUUUUUAUGGGAGUAGAUCUUCUUCAUUUCCAUCUCUAGAAUCAUUGAAAAUCUCCGGUAUGAAGAACUGGGAAAAAUGGGAAUGUGAAGAUGUGACGGGUGCUUUUCCGCGCCUUCAAGACAUUUCUAUAAGUAUUUGUCCCAAGCUGAAAAGGCAUUUGCCAAAGCAACUCCUUUGUUUAAAGAGACUAAGUAUUAUUUCUUGUGAACAACUUUUUGAAGGAAAGCUUAUCUAUGAAAGGCAAGAGGUAGUAGACAUUAAUAUACGGGGACACAUAAUGGAAGCGUGGUUGAUCGAAUGGAUUGGGAACAUCAUAUGUGAUUCUUCAAUUGAAUGUUUGGAUGCUUAUUUUGGCCUACAUGUGUAUAUUCCCAUGAAUCGUUGCUACAAUUUCCUUAAAAAAUUGAAAAUGAGUGGUUGUAAAUCAUCCCUAAUGACCUUUCCCCUCGAUAUCUUCCCAACAUUAAGGUCACUUGAGCUCAGUCGUUGUCAUAGUCUACGGAUCAUUUCACAGGAACACACUCAUGAUCAUCUUAAGAAUUUGAAAAUUUGGGAGUGCCCUCAAUUUGAAUCACUGCCUCAAUGCAUGCAUAUCUCCCUCCCCUCUCUUGAAGAUCUCUGCAUAGAAGAUAGUCGAAAUAAACUUGAGUUACCCCCUGACAAAGGUUUCCCACCAAAUCUAAAAACCUUGAGUCUCCACAAUUGCUCCAAACUUAUGGCCUCAAUAAAAGAGGCUUGUGCUUUGAUUGUCAAUCCCUCUUUAAAAUACUUGUAUAUAGAGAAAUUGGAUCAUGUUGAGUGUUUUCCCGAUGAAGGUUUGUUGCCGGUCUCUCUUACUUCUCUAUGGAUUGAGAAUUGUCAAAAUCUUAAAAAUGUAGACUACAAGGGUCUCUUCCACCUCUCAUCUCUUGAGAAAAUAGUUCUAAGAAAAUGUAACAGCCUCCAUUGCUUGCCAGAGGAUCUCUGCCAACUCUCUUCUCUCAAGAAAUUGAUUGUUGGAGAUUGUUCCAACUUGCAAUGCUUACCAAAGGGUCUCUGCCAACUUUCCUCUCUCCAGAAACUGGUUCCUCGACACUGCCCCAACAUCCAAUGCUUACCAGACAAUGGUCUACCCGAAUCCAUUUCACGUCUCAGAAUUUCAGGCAGUCCAUUGCUCAAACAGUGUUGCGGCUCACCAGAAGGCCAAGACCAUGGAAAGAUUGCUCACAUUCAAGAUGUUGCUUACGAAACUGAUUCUGAUUCUGAUUCUGACUCUGAAUUUUCUGAUUCUGAUUAGUUAUUAUCAUGUUCAAGUUUUAGAGUUUCUUGUGCUAUAUAUGUGGUGGAUCUAGGGGAUUACUAAAUUAUUGUUUUAUAAAGUUAUAUUUGCUUCA